UGAUCGUCGUCUGCAUAGAUAUAUUAAAGACAUUUUUUUAUAUCUAUGGUAUUCUGUAGACAUAAUCGUAUAUCUAUAAUUUUGUCUUUAACUCACAAAUUGUAAUCAAACACAGUUGAAGAAACAGUAGUGUUUUUGUGGUUUAAUCAAAUCUUUGUAUUGGAAAAGAUCUUAUUAUAUUUCUAGAAUUUUUAAUAAAAAUAAUUAAUAAUGAAUAAUUGUUGUUAUCAAGUGGUUCUUCCUAAGCCAAAGCCAUUGAGCAUACGAACUACUUUUAGCAAAGAGAAAUUACACAAAAUAGAAAAUAUUAUCAAAACAUUGAUUACGAUUCAGGCAACAAAUGAUUUAAAAAAACUGUUUGACGAAGGUGCUUUAAUAUCUAGAAUGUGCUGUAAAGUAAAGAAAAAAUUUAGAGGAGAGAAACUAUUUAGACGUCUCAAACAAGUCACUGUUUUAAUUAAAAAAUUAUAUCAACUAAACAUUCCAGAGGUUAUUUUAAAUUUAUUGUCAGCAUUUGAAAAUGGUAUGCCAACAAAGCAAGCUGGUCAAUGGUCUGGUACCCGCAUUUUAGCAGCUCUUCAUUUAAUCGAUCGAUUGCAACAGUUUAGCAAAGGAAUAGCUCAACUUAUAGUUAAAGUAUUACAAAAUGGUCAGUGUUGGUCAGAAAUGAACAUUGCACUUGCUAUGGUCAGCAGGGUUUGGAUACUUUCUAAAGCAUUGUACAAAUCGUUUUUACGCUCAUAUAAUCGUUAUAGACCUGUGGUAAAUCAGUUAAAAAUGGCUGGAUCUGAAUGGCUACCAAACUUUGAAUUACCUGAAUGUUUCAAUAGUAGCUUAAUAGAAAAUGAUAAAAAAUAUUUUAGUUCUAGUGAAUCAGAAGAACUUGUAGAAAACCCGGGUUCUGUUAUGUGCCGUAAGCCUGAGCCUGAAUCUUUUGUAAAAAAAAGAAAAAGACCAGGAAAACAAAUUCGAAUGUUACAAGAGAAACGCAAACACAAAAUCAAAGUUGUUAAAAAACAGAAAUGUAUUUAAUUAUUUGUACAUAUUCCCUCCCUCAUGUGUUAUUUUAUUUUAUUGUUAAUUCAGAAAAUUGAUUAUACUUGCCUAACAAUAUGUUGUUUGAUGUUAUUAUCAUUUUAAAUAAUUGUUUCCCAGGAAACCUUAACAUCAUGCAUUUAACUAACUAAUUUUAGGUUCAUUUAAAUUUAAAUUUAACACUUAAACUAUUUCAAGCUUACUAAUUUUAACUGAAUACAUUUUAUUCAAUAAAUUAAUUUAUAUUUUUAUCAUGUAUACUAAUGAUAAUUAUAAGACAUCUUACAAAGCAGCCCAUAAGAUUAUACCAACCAUGGUAUUAGAGAGUAAUGUAUGUUAAUAGUUUAAUAAAUAAUUAAAUCUAAAUAGUUUAUUUUGAUACUUUUAAAGUGAAUGAACAUACUGUACAAAAAAUGAUAGAAUAAUUUUUUAUGGUUUUUGUGAAAUUUAUAUAAAUAUAUUAAUCAGUAGACCGACAA